AUGGCGGCGGAGGUGGUGGUGAUGAGGCAGAGUGUGUUACUCUGUUGCUGGGAGAACGAACGCGCGUUGGAGGCGCUCGCCCAAUGCUCUCCUGUAGCGUGGCCGGUGAUUGGGCCGGGCGGCAAAGUCUGCGGCUGUUCCGUCGCGCACACAGAUCCUUCGUCGUGGUGGGCAGCGGCAGUCUCUCGCUCUCGCACGCAGCAGCAAACGAGUGACAAUGUACAAACAACAGGCAGACAGAGGAGGUGGGUGAGCAGGGUGGAAGGCGGAGAGAAAGGACGACGGUGCGGUGGUCCCGUGGAAGAAGCCGGCGCUGCGAUGCGAUGCGCGGCAGGGAGCCGACAAUUGGAGAUCCACACCACAGCACAAGGCAAAAGGGGCGCGGAGGCGAUGGAUUUUGCACUGCUGCUCGCUUGGCCCGCUGCGUGGAAAAAGCUGGUUCCCAAGAGUGUCCGCCAGCUCCCAUCCGAACGGCUAAACCACGAUUGCUUCCGCGCGCGCAAUGCCUUGCUGCGCGUAUCCGCUGUGGCAAAAAACGCAGACGUCGAACAAGUGUGGAGUGCUGCUAUCGAUUCUAUUUUUGCGCCGGCCGCAUUUUAUGAAGGCCAUCUUCGGGUAUCUCAAGUAGUCCGCAUCCGCCCAGCCUUGCCACAGUCGUCCUGUCCUCCUCGCACUUUGAACAUCCUCCGACGAGAGCAAUAG